AGUAUCACAACACCAGCAUCACCAUCGCCAUUAUCGUUAUCGAUAUCAUUGACCGCUCCGCUCGACCAAGCCACAAAACACCACACAACUCCAGCUAUCAUCAAUAACUCUUUAAGACACUGCCUACCUGCCUACCAGUCACCACUCACCACUCACCAUCCUCCCUCCAGACCCCCCUCCAACCCCAACCACAACCUACACCUACACACUCGGUCACCACCCCCCAAAUGUCAUCCUCCCCUUCCCCCUCCCCCUCCUCCAACCCCCUCCCCUUUAACCUCUCCCUCACGAAAUUCCAACCCCACCCCACCCAAAUCCAAGCCUUCUGCCACUCGGCGCAGCAGAAAUGGCAAGGCGCAACGGAAGCGCAUCAUUGCGUACGGGAUGUGUUGAGGGAGUAUAGGAGGCUGUUUGGGGAGAUGGUUGGGGUUUAUGAGGAGUUUGUGGGGAUUCUGGGGGAGUUGAGGGGUGUGAGGGAUGGGGUUGUGAGAGAGGGGGGGGAUGAAGAGUUGAGGAUGGAGAUGGGGGGAUGGAAUGAGGAGAAGGGGAAGGGGAAGGGGAAGGAGGUUCAGGAGAAUAGCGAUGUCGUGGCAACAAGUGAGAAGGAGAAUGUACAAGCCCAAAGCGAAGAAGACAACUCGAGCCAAACGGAUAGCGCUCUGGCUUCAUCGGUGAGGCAGCAAGAUGAUGCACCAAGCGGGGACAGGCACAGUGGUGUCGUCAAUCACGUUCGAGGGGCUGUUGUUGAAAAUGUUGAAAAUGAGGCGUCUAUGAAUACAGAUGGCGCUGUCAAUGUCACGCAAAAUGGUUCUCUCUUAGUCCCUGCAGUACCCUCAAUCACCUUGAACGGUGCUCAAAUACCAAAUAUGGAGAAUCUCGGCUUUCAAAGCACCACCCAGCUCCAAGAAUCAAAUGACACAAGUCCAUUACCAAGCAUCAAAACUCUUGGAUUCCCAAGCACGAAGAAGCUUCAACAGUUGCAUCAUGGACAAGAGCAGCUUCCAGGUCUCAAAACCCUCGGAUUCCCAACCACGAAACAACUUCAAGAGGCGAAUGGUGCUACGCCACUACCGAGUAUUAGAACUCUUCUAGAUAGGAAGAAGUCUCAAGGCCGCAGAAAUUCCAGAUCCGAUAGAGGCUCCACACUUCCCAUCUGA